AUGGGCAUCACCUGGCUGCUCUUCUCAUUAUGCGCCGUCGCCCUCGCCGCGCGCAUCUACAUCCGGUGGACCUGCUUUCGGCACCUCCUCGCCGAGGACUGGCUCAUGCUGGCCACGCUGUGCCUGGUCACCGGCAUCCAGAGUGUCGCGCAGCGCUUCUCCUACGAGAUCUACCGCCUGAUGGCCUGGGUCAACGACCCUAGGACGGUCCCCACCAAGGACCUGCUCGGGUUCCUCAACGACACCGAGUCGAUGCUGAAGGCUGCCGGGUCCUCCAUUAUCCUCUUCAUCUUUGGGUUCUACUGCAUCAAGGUCAACUUCCUGCUGUUCUUCUACCGCCUGGGGAACCGGGUCGGGCGUGUUUUCUGGGUUGUGUGGUGGGUUGUCUUCGCUGUUGUGCUGGCUUGCGGUAUUGCGAGCAUUACAAUGGGUGUGCCCACUUUCCGAUGUCUAUUUGGUAACAUAACGUAUACCCUGACAACGUGCCAAACACAUGGAUAUGAGAACACGUUCUUCACGUACUUCAGGGUAUCUGUGGCACUGGACAUCUUCACAGAUGCACUGAUCAUUGGGUUCCCAGUAUGGAUUCUCUGGGGCGUGCGCAUAAGCCUGCGCAAGAAGCUUGCACUGGGUGCCAUCUUCUCCCUUGUUGGCUUUACCAUUGUUGCGACGGUGCUCCGGGGCGCGUUACUGAGUGAGGUUUUCACCGCGACAACGGCGGGGAAGACAUUUAACAUACCUUGGGUGUGGUUCUGGUUUCACAUUGAAUUUUGUACUGCCUUCAUCGUCGCAUGCCUCGUCUCCUUCCGCUCACUCUUCGUCCACCGCGAACAGAGCUCCGGCGCCGCCCGGCGCGCGGCGGCAGUGCAGCGGCGGCCCAGCAACUACAACCCCUACCCGAGCGGCAGCAGCAGGACGCCGCAGGGGAGCGGCAACGGCAGCAGGGGGGACCUGGGGCGGCUCCGCGGGCGCAUAAAGCUGUUCCAGGACAGCGUGCUGGACACGUGCCGCACGCUCGAGGGCGUCCUCGACGACGGCACCACGCUGGUGGAGAUGUCGCAGCGCUCGCAGCUGGGGCCCGUGGCGGAGGACGAGGCUGGGGUGGUGGGGGCACAGGCCCGGCGUCCUUCUCCGGAUGAGUAUGAGGUCCAAGAAGGGGGACAAGGGGAGGUCGCGGCCGUCGGAGCACCCGCUCACGGUGUUGUUGCGGCUGAGGAUGUGCCGCGGAGAUGGGGGACGGUGUCGACCGCGCGGCUGUCGCUUGAUUCACUUUAUCAACAAGAAACUCGAUCCGUAUCACCGCAGACGGCGGAGUCGCGGCAAGAGGAGCGAAGGAGUAUUGUGGUCUCGGAGCCCUCCCCUUUGGCGCUCAACCCGGUGUAUCCGCCCUGGAGGCGCGGCUCGCUCGACGAAGCGGAACCAGGCGAUGCUGAAAAGGGCGGCGGCAUCCGUCGAGACUAUUGA